UGCGCAGUGCGACGGGCUCCACCUCCUGGUUUGUGUGUGGCUUUACUGUUGUAGAAGGAGAGGAGGGAGCAAACUAAGGAUUUCAGUACAUUUUUUAUAUAUAUAAAACGCGAGUCGUUUCUGCUGGUUAGUGAGACUCUGGAAGAAGAAGAAGAAGAAGAAGGAGAGCGACAGGAGUGAAGGGCAAAAAGAAGACAAGAAAAAGGAGGAGGAGGACUGGGAGGAGAAAAUUGGGGACAGUGGAAAAUGCUGCGGAUUUGACCAAAAGAUGUCUGGCGUCACCAUGGAAGCGAGCUCCAUCCUCCCCAUCCUAAAAAAGAAGCUGGCCUUCCUCUCAGGAGGCAAGGACCGGCGCAGUGGUCUGAUCCUGACCAUCCCCCUCAACUCGGACCAGACCAGCAUGGAGGAACUUAGCGCCACUCUGGACUACUUGCUCAGCAUCCCCAGUGACAAGUGCAAGGCUCGGGGUUUCACUGUGAUCGUGGACGGCCGGCGGUCUCAGUGGAACAUCGUGAAGACGGUGGUCCUCAUGCUGCAGAACGUCAUCCCAGCCGAGGUGUCGCUGGUCUGUGUGGUGAAGCCUGAUGAAUUCUGGGAUAAGAAGGUCACCCACUUCUGUUUCUGGAAGGAGAAAGAUCGCCUGGGCUUUGAGGUGAUCCUGGUUUCGGCCAAUAAGCUCACUCGCUACAUCGAACCGUGCCAGCUGACGGACGAUUUCGGAGGAAGUCUGGACUACGACCACAGCGACUGGCUCAACAAGAGGCUGGUUUUUGAGAAGUUCACAAUGGAGUCGACGUCUCUUCUGGACGAGCUAACGAUCAUUAACGACAGUGAGAAGAGCGCCUCGGUGGACAAAGACAAAUCUACUGAUGGAGCUCUCUUGCCAUCCUUUGAUCCUGAAACUGUCCUCCAGACUGGUCACGAGCUGCUGUCGGAGCUGCAGCAGCGCCGCUUCAACGGCUCAGAGGGAGGAGGAGGAGGGCAGGCAGCUCCAGCUUGGUGCCCCAUGGAGGAGGAGCUGCUGGCUCAGCCUCAGGUGACGAAGCUGCUGGACUCGCUCAGGGAGCAGUACACCAAGUACCAGGAGCUGUGCAGGCAGCGGAACAAGAGAGCGCAGCUGGACGAGAUCCACACCAAGGUCAUGCAGGUGGUGAACUGGCUGCAGGGUCCCGGUUCAGAGCUGCUGAAGACUCAACAAACGAUCGGCGACUCGAUGCGAGCGGCGCAGGCUCUGCAGCAGAAACACGAAGAGAUCGAGAGUCAGCACAGUGAGUGGUUCGCGGUGUACGUGGAGCUGAACCAACAGAUCGCUGCCCUGCUCAGCGCCGGUGAAGAGGAGGAGGUGGUGGAGCUGAAGGCGCUGCAGCAGCAGCUGAGCGACGUCUGCUACAGCCAGGCGUCCCAGCUGGAGACGCGCCAGAACGUCCUGCAGGCGGCGCACGCCUUCCACAGCACCACGCAGGAGUUGUCUCAGCAGCUGGACGGCCUCCUGGGCAUGCUCUGUGCCGACGUGUCCCCCGCCGACGGGGCGUCCAUUCAGCAAAACCUCAAACUGCUGGAGGAGAAACUGCAGACUGUUGAAGCAGGCCUGUCCUCGCUCCGUCAGAAGGGGACGCUGGUGCUGGAGCAGAUGUGCGGCCAGGCAUCGUGGGCUCUGGAGGAGGCGGAGAGCCCGCCCGGAGAGCAGCAGGACAACGUCCAGCACGUUCAGGCUGUGAUGGAGGAGAUGGAGCUCCGCAAGCAGAGGUGUGAGGACAUGGUGGAUGUGAGGAGGCUGAAGAUGCUGCAGAUGGUUCAGCUGUUUAAAUGUGAAGAAGAUGCUCUGCAGGCGGUCGAGUGGCUCGGUGAGCUGUUGGACGCCUUGUUGAAGACACAUGUCAGGCUGGGAGACGACUCCCAGGAGACACGGACCAUGUUGGACAAACACAAGAAGUUUGUGGAUGUGGCUCAGAGCACAUACGAUUACGGCCGCCAGCUUCUGCAGGCGACCGUGGUCCUCUGUCAGUCGCUGCGCUGCACGACGCGCUCGUCCGGCGACACUCUGCCACGACUCAACCGGGUGUGGAAGCAGUUCACCGUCAGUGCCGACGAGAGGCAGCAGCGGCUGGAGCUGGCCCUGAACUUCCACACCGCCGCGGAGAGGGUGCUGCAGCAGGAGCGUGUGGAGGUGGAGUCUCUGGAUGAAGUCGACUCUUCAGGGAGAACUCUGCUGGACAGACUCACUUUGCCCAUCAUCUUCCCUGACGGGAGCGAGCAGUUCUUUGGGAGUCCCAGCGACACGGCAGCCACGGCGGAGGGGGUUCGAGAGCGCCUCCUGCUGAUCGAAGAGCGGCGGCUGCAGCUGCAGGAGGCCAGGCUUCUCAACAACGAGGACGAGGAGCAGGAGCAGGAAGCCGUCAACGGCCUGGAGGGGAGGCUGGAUGUGAUCGGGGAGGAACUGAGCGAGAAAGAGGAGCAGGACGAGGAGGAGAAGGAGGCGGAGCAUCAGGACGAAGACUCGGAGCGAGCCACGCAGGACCGCUAGCGGACGCCCGACGUCAAACCGAGCAGCCUUAAUGAAGCUUGUCGGUGAGGGGCUGCUGACGUCUGGAGCGCUUCUCUCCCGAGGCAUGAAGCGUCUUCGUGUUCCCGCUGCAAAAUAAAGUCUGCAUUUUUCUGACCGUUUCUGUAAAUUAAAACCUCUCCUCAGCAUCACUGCAUAACCUCUCGUGGAAGCGGAGAAACAUGAAGGGCCGUUCUCCUCGGUCGCUCUUUCACUCUUUGCGACAGAAACUGAGGACUUGUGUCGUUUCUCUGAUAUCGGUGGUUGUAAACAGUAAAAAGAGUGAAAACUGGAAUAAUUGCAGCUCAUCUUUCUGCUCUGUGGAGGAGAAUCGUUGUUUAAGGUCCUCCUAACGCCACUGCUGCCUCCUCCUCAUUUACAACUGGAGCAAAUCUUCCAUGGUGCUUAACCCGUCUUCUUGUUGCUCUCUGGGUCUUUCUAAUGUCCUUUUUUUUUCUCCAGAUUUCAGAAAAGAAGCCAUCAUGGUUGGAGUCCUUUAAGCUGAGCAUCAUUCUGCUUUUAGGACUCUUUUAUAGCAGCUAGGUUACCUAAUUUGAUGGCAAGUCUCAGAGAAUUUCAAGAGAAAAAAAAGAGCAAUGUUCAGUCAGCUGAAGGGAAACAUUUACACUUUUGACAAUAUCUGUAGUCUGUUUGCUUUUCAGCAUCUAAGAAAGUACAGUGUCCAAAUCAAGCAUUCAUUCAAAGAGAGCAGUUUGUGUGUAAACAAGUGAUGUCAAGGCUUCACAGCAGCAGGCCAGAAACUGGCGAUUUUCACUAAAACUCUAUCAUCACUUAUUUACUCUUAAACUAAGCCAACAACGCUUAAAUGAAUUAAAACUACAAGUUUAAAUCUGAAAUAUCAGCAGUAAUUAAAACCAUGUUCCAUCCAGCUGUUCGUUUUCUGAAUCUCUGUGGUUUUAAAUAUAAAGAUUUUUCAGAAGAAUUGGAGUCGUUCUCGUUGUUGGCCAAAACCUAAAAUGUAAAGACAUCUUAUGUGGUAGAAAUCUAAGCAGAUGUAUGCAGUGGAUCCCGUUUUCUGCUCACAUACUUUUACUUUAAGAACCAGCUUUAAUGUGGUUGAGUCGGUGAGGUUUCUGUCACUCAGAUCAAUUCUUGAGUUGCAGUAUAAAGUGCACAAUAUUUUUAAGUGGAUUCUGCUCAGCAUGUGUCUAACUUUCAGCUGGACUUGGAGAGGAUGUUUCCUUCUGAAGGCUUCUGUGGGUUUUUACAGUUCUAUAGCAGCAGACAGUCUCCACCUACGUUCCUGCUUCUGAAACAGUAUCUACAUAUAAAGCAGUUCAAAUGUUACUGCAGACUGCGUGGGGAAACUGAUGCGUUUGUUCGUGAUAUCAGAUGCAGACAUGCAACCUCUGAAAAAGGUCAAAUUCCUUCUAUUUAUUUGAUAUGUUUUAAGUUCAACAUUUGUCGUUCCUGGUUAGUCUUUUCUUAGGAACUGCUGCUGUAAGUGUGUCUGCUAAACGCCGUCUUUACCGUCCAAUGGCAAAAACCACAACAUCCUCCUCUAAAUAAAGUAUAUGAGAAACUUA